ACAUGGCCGAGCGCCGCGUGCCCUUCACCUUCCUGCGCAGCCCCAGCUGGGACCCCUUCCGGGACUGGUACCACGGCAGCCGCCUCUUCGACCAGUCCUUCGGGAUGCCGCACAUCCCCGAGGACUGGUACAAGUGGCCGAGCAGCAGCGCCUGGCCGGGCUACUACCGGCUGCUGCCCGGCGAGAGCGCCCUGCUGCCGGCGGCGGGGCCGGCGCUGGGCCGCGCGCUCACGCGCCAGCUCAGCAGCGGCGUCUCCGAGAUCCGCCACACGGCCGACAGCUGGAAGGUCACCCUGGACGUCAACCACUUCGCCCCCGAGGAGCUCGUGGUCAAGACCAAGGACAACAUUGUGGAGAUAACCGGGAAGCACGAGGAGAAGCAGGAUGAACACGGCUUCAUCUCCAGGUGCUUCACCCGCAAAUACACCCUCCCGCCCGGGGUGGAGGCCACGGCCGUGCGCUCGUCGCUCUCGCCCGACGGCAUGCUCACCGUGGAGGCGCCCCUGCCCAAGCCGGCCAUCCAGGCGGCCGAAAUCACCAUCCCCGUCACCAUCGAGAGCCAAGGCAAGAAGGCGGAGGAGCCGGCCAAGAAGUAGCCGGCCCUGAGGAGGA